GCGACGAUGGCGCAAGACGAACAAGCCGCCCCUGCGCCAAAGCGGAGGGCUCUGCCCUUCAAGCGGACCGUAGCACGGAAGCAGCAGGCAGUUACCAAUACUAGAGAUAACGAGGAGGACAACGACCUCGACCUUUUCCGUCACUCCAAAGAAGUGUUUCCCGAGAUUCUCCGGGAAGUCCAGGAGGCAGAGGAGGAGCAACAGCACGACCGAAAGCGCAGGAGGACCUCAGCAAGCCCUUCACACGGAACCCAUUCCUCACGCAAGCAAUCAAUAGUACUGGACGGUUCCGACGAUGACCUAAUAAUGGACGUUAAGGGAAAAGGCAAGGAGGUAAUCCCAGCCAGGAGACCAUUCACGCCAGUGAAGCCUGCUGCAGCUGGACCCAGGACCCCAGGGCCAACUCCCAUAACCCCAGCUUCUCAGCGAGCCGCUUCACGAAACCCAGUCGGUUCGCCAGAACAUCCCGUCGCAAUAAUCGACUCCGACUCCGACGACGAUUCCAGCCCUCUCGCUGUCGCAUCCCCUUUCCAAACAAAGAAGACAACCAAGCCUGCAACACUCCCCCAAAGCGGCUCCUCCUCGCCCAUUGAGAUCCUCCCAACCAACCCCUCCUUAUCUCCCUCCAAACCCACCACCGCCACAACCACCCCAACCCCAACCCAAAACGACGACGACGAGUUCAGCGAAUGGGUCGCCAAAGCCCGCGCCAUCCAAGCCGCCCAAAGCCAAGAAGCCGUCGUCCAAGUGAUCAUCAGUUCCCCCCUGGCAGGCGGCGCCAACAAGCCGCUGAUGGCCAAGCUUCGCCUCAACCAGGGGGUCCAGCUGCUCCUGCGGGUAUGGAUCGCACAGAACUGCGCCGCGGGCAUCACAAUCCCUGACGACGUGGCCGAGCGGCUGUUCCUCACGUGGAAGGGCAACAAGAUCUACGGGCACAGCACGCUCGCGUCGCUGGGUGUGGCGGUCGACGCGCAAGGGAAUCUGAAGGGCGGGUUGAGGGGUGGGGAGGGGUACUUGCGCGGCGGGAUCCACUUGGAGGUGUGGACCGAGGAGGCGUAUGCCGAGUAUCUGGCGAAUCGCGGCAAGGAGAGGGCAAUGAUGCUUGGGGAUGCAGGGGAGGACGGGGUGGAUGGGGGUGUGGCGGGGGAGAGUGGAGGGGAGGAGACGGCACCGCCCAAGAAAAAAGGGAUUCGGAUUGUGCUCAAAGCAAAGGACCAUGAGCCGCUUAAGCUUACGGCGAGGGAGGAGACGAAUGUGGAGGCGCUUAUUGAGGCGUUCCGGACACAGCGGAAUAUUGGGCCCGAAUUCGAGGUUGCGAUCUGGUUUGAUGGGGAGAAAUUGGAUGCGGAGGCUCUGGUCACGGAUAUUGACGUUGACCCGGACGAGGCUAACCAGCUGGAGGUCCAUAUCAAGAAGAUUGGACGUUGA